AAAGUUCGCUUUUCAGUUUUCCUCACGUAAAAAUGGAUGAACCGACUAAUCUAUUCGUUGCAACGAGUCCGAAGUCUGCCUCGGUACCGCGCACAAUGAGAAUAACGAAUUAUAAAAAUUACACCAGUCCGCUAACGGAGGAGAAUCUGAAGCUACAUGCUAUGCUGACACCACCUCGAGAAGCAAAAUCACAUCAUGUCUUAAGCUAUGUUGAUCUUCAGAGACAAUUGGUUGCACUCGAAGCUCAAUUAAAAAGAGAAGCAGAAGCAGCACAAGCAAAAUUCAAUUCAGCGCUUCCAGAAAAUACACCACCAGUAAUACCGGAAAAAAAAAGUCAAAGAAUAAAAAGUAUAGGGAAAAAGCUUGUUAGAAAGAUCUCAUUCAAUUUGGAAAAAAAAAAUCACGAAGAUGCAGAGAAUAAUAAAAUUUACGCCAAUCAUGAUACAACCGAGAGGAUUAACCAAUUCAACAGUAGAUCACUACCCUCAUCACCAAGAUCAGCUAAUUUUCAACAAAAUCAUCCGUCGAUAAAAGAUUCAAUUUCAAUACGAUUAGAAAAAUCUACACCAGCAUCACCUGAUCAACCAAAUUCUCGAGCAUCUUCAAAUAUACCUAUAAAACGUAUAUUUAUCCGAAAAGCAGGCAGUGCAGAUAUUACAAAUCCAAUGUCUUCAGUUCACAAUAAUUCUCCUUAUGCUCCUCUAUCUCCUUCUCAUUUGUCAAUAGAAUCCACAUCAAUAAUAUCCCCAUCGCGGCCAACGUCACCACCAGCGCCACUACAACAGCAGCAACAACAAAGACCAGCCAUUGUAUCGGCAGAAAAUCGAGAUAGCGGGAUCUCACUUGUUGCUCCAAUGGGAAAUCAUUCACGUGAUAAUUCAUCAUCUCUACUAAGAAGAGUUGGUAAUUUCUCAACUUUUAAAGAGAGAGAGGGUAGCAAUAAAUCGUCAACUCAUUCACAACAAACGAUUAAAAAGAACAAAAGUCGAAUAAAUGAUUCAUCUUCGAGAAAUCAUGAAAUUGAACUAUUGGCUUUUCGUUAUCCAAGUGUGGAGAAAAGUAAUGAUCUAAACACUCCAAUGACAAAUAAUGAUUCGGAUGAGGCAGGAAUUCAUUAUACUGCUCUUGGUAAUGUUGGAUCUAGAUCCGAAUCUGGAUUUGGAAUAGAUUCAGACAUUGCUGUUGCAGCUUCUAAUCCCAUUCCUAUUCAUAUUCCGACUAUUCGUCUUCAAGAUGAUAUUGACGAAUCACCCGGCAGCUUUGAUAAUUACAAGAAUAUAAGCAAUGGCAAUAAAAAUGAAAAUCUCCAUAGCACAGAAAACAAAUUUAAAGAAAAAGAAAAUGAAUGGUCAGCUUCUUUUGAUUAUGAUAUAAUACAAUCACAUUUAGCAGAAUAUGACGAAAAUGGAUUACCCAAAAAGAAAAAAACACACCCAUUCAGAUUAUCAACUGAAAAAUUCUCGGUAUUUCAAUCAAAUUCAGAAAACAGAAGAACCGCAUCUUAUCCCGCUUCUAUGAAAAAUUAUAAAACUAGCAACAAUAGCGAGCGUCAUAACAAUCAUACUAACAUCGAUCAAUUUGAUAUCCUACCGACACCGGCUGUCAUUGUAGAAUGA